UCCUCCCUCAAUUAAAUCAAUUUAAAUAUGGUAAUUAGUCCAAUUUGGCAAAAGAAACCUGCAAGAACAUGGCUAAAGCAAGCAAGAAACGAAAUUUCACUGAAAACGAAUUAGAGGUGCUACUAUCAGAGGUAGAAACAAGAAAAAAUAUUUUAUUUGGAAAUCUGUCCUCUGGAAUUAAUAACAAAAGAAAGAAAAAAGAGUGGGCGAGUUUGUCUGAUGCCGUCAACGCGGUGGGAUCUGAGAGUCGCACCGUAAAUGAACUGAAGAAGAAAUGGUCAGACAUAAAGGUGGAAGUUAAGCGGAGAACUGCUGCGCACCGACAAAGUGUGGGCAGAACAGGCGGUGGUACAGGGACCGAUGAACUUGCACCCUUUGAUCAGAGAGUUGCCUCUAUUGUAGGAGACACGUUAAUCUCUGGAAUCGUAUCCGCUGAUGUAGGAGACUCGGAUAUACUACAGGACUGCCAGCAAGGAACCGCAGGAACGUCCACUGGCACGCACUCAGAGUCCGCACCACCUGAGCAGCCAGAGCCCAUUCAGUCCAGCGUCUCCCGUGUCUCUAAUGUUCCCCCAGUGCUGAAGCCCGUCCAUCUGGCCGUGUCUUGACGCAUGCUGUUCUGGAGUCACAACAACAAAUUGUUAGGGCCAUUGAAGAAAUGAACAGUCACCUUAAAAAUGUCACUGACGCACUCACAGAAAUAAGCCAUUCAUUAAAAGAAUUGGUCAAAAAAUGAA